CCAAGAGUUGUGGUUCUCCACGGAUAGCACCCGAGGAUCUGCUCUGAGGGUGGCCAGCACAGAACCCUCAUCAUGGGGUGCCAGGCAAAUUCCCUUGCACGACUACUGAAUUAUGUGAAAUGGAUGCACCUCAGAGCCAGUGAACUGGGAUUUUGGCUUCAUGUCCGUGGGGCAUGCCAGCGGGUCACAUUUCCUCUGUGAACCUCCCUCCAAGCCGCACUGUACUCAUGAAGGGAAAGGGACAAGGCUUCACGAGAAACAGCACAUGCUUUCCUUUCAUUUCUGGAAGUCCCUGAGUCGACCUACAGAUGCUGCCCCUUCCGUGGCCGAUGGCAUUCAGACUCCUCGCUGCCGACGGUGCCAGGCAAACAACUGGACAGCACAGCUCAGCCGCGGGAAGCCGGCCACAAUCUCGGCCGGAGCAGCAGCCCCCGGGCCCCAGACCACCUCUGCCGCCCCUUCCGGGAGCCUUCCCACCUCCCUCGGGCUUGUCGCGGCCCCGCCACAGGGGCUGAAGGACUGGGAGGUGGUGGCCGCAGCGGCCGUGCUGCCGGCGGCCUUGGGCCCGCUCCAGGCACGUGGGGCCCUGCUUCGUGCCACUCUGCAGCCCCUCCAGGGCCAGGCGGGGACCCGGGCCAGCCCCGGCGCCGCUCGCCACUGUCUCCUCCUGUCGCUGCAGCUUAGGCCGGGGCACGGGACGGAAGCCGCCCCUCCGGAGCCCGGGCCGCAGGCCAGCCCGAGGGAGGUGGGCGGCCGGGCGAGCCGAGCGCUGGAGAGCCCGCAGCCGAAGCAGCAGCUGCGGCCGCGGCCCAGGCCGCCGGCCUCCUCCCCGCGAGAAGCGGAGUGCGCGGAGAUGUGUGCUUCGGCCGCAGCCCAGGGGGAGAGGCCCCGCACCCGGCCACUCGCUCUGGAGCAGCGCCCGGGGCCGCGGAGGGCGCCCCGCAGUCCCGAAGGCGAAGCCCGAGAGGAGCCCAGCGGCCAGCGGGGCGAGGCUCCCACCCCCCCGGAGACCCUUGCUUCCUCGGAACUCUCCAGAUCCCAGCUCGCCCGCACCGAGGAGGCCAGCGACUGCUCAUCUUCCUCCUCCUGCUCCUCGUCGCCAGCGGCCCGAGCAGAAGCAGGCGGCCUUUCCAAGAUGGAGGACACCGCCUCAUCAGCGGGGGCUCUGGCCACCUCGUCCUCGUCNGCAGGAAGAGGGGGAGGGGGGGGAGAUGGAACGGAGUGCAGGGACAUUAUUGCCAAGUCUCGGGGCAGCAGGGACCCCCCCAAAAAUGAGGAGGCUCACUACAUCACCACCCACGAGAUCCAGCUGAGCGAGGUGGAGCAGGACAUGGAUUUUGAUGUGGGACUGGCCUCCCGCUGGGAUUUCGAGGACAACAACGUCAUCUACUCAUUCGUGGACUACGCUUCCUUUGGUGGCAGCGACGAGACCCCGGGGGACGUCAGCACCCCGACCGAAGAGGACGACGACAACAGCUGCUACCUCAGCACCACUCCCAGCACCCAAGACACCCGGACUCCGAGCCCCACCAGCAGUGACCCGGCCCGCCCCGGCGCAGACGGCAGUGGUCGCCACACCAGCAGCACGGAAGUGGGCAGCGGCCCCUCCGACAGUGACCCCACUCCCCCACCCACUGGGCCUGGCAGUGCCACCCUGAGUGAGCCCUUGCCGGAGCCCCCGGAGGCAGCUUCGGGGGCAGAAGCCGCCGCCGCAAGCAGCUGUGGGAGUGCAGCAAGCCAGAUCCUCCUAUCAAUCAAACCAACUUCCCGGGCUAUAAAUGAGCCUAGCAACGUGCGUGCAAAGCAAAACAUUAUUUAUGCUGCCAAGCAUGAAGGCGACAUGAGCCUCCGCGUCUCUACAGCUGCUGAACACAAUUCAAGUUCACUGAAGCAAGACCCGGCUGCAGCCGUGGCUCAGGACCAUGCAAAGAAAUUCAUCGCCGUCCCUGCUCGCCUGCAAACCCGCUGCGGGGCCAUCCGGGCGAAGGAGCUGGUGGACUACUCCAGCGGGGCCUCCAGUGCCGUGAGUGAACUGGACGAUGCGGACAAGGAGGUGCGCAACCUGACCUCCCGGGCCUUCCGGAGCCUCGCCUACCCCUACUUUGAGGCCCUGAACAUCAGCUCCCGGGAGUCCUCCACCCUUUCCGAAGUCGGCUUUGGGCGGUGGUCGACCUUCCUGGAUUUAAAAUGUGGAGGCGUCGGAGCCAGGGUGGAGCAGAGCCUCCUCAGGGGCAGUGCGGCCUCGGUGGCCGCCGGUCUGAGGAAGGGCGGUGGGGCCAGGACCACGGCCGACCAGCUCUACAUCCAGUCCAAGAAGUCCCAGACCAAAGCCCUGGAGUUCGUGGUCAGCAAAGUCGAGGGGGAAAUCAAACAUGUGGAGACGCCUCUGUGUUUCCAGAAGCAGGUCCAGACGGGCUCCCGCGUGGUCACCCUUCUCGAGCCCCUGAACUUUCGCAGCGAGAGCAAAGCCAGCUCAGCCACUGGGCCCUGCAGAACAGCCCGCGGCUCGGGCAAGGGCCCCGGGUCCGUGUGCACAGACGAUGGCUCCGAGGCCUCUGAGAGCAGCAAGCCUGCGUCCCUCGCCGACGGCCCGCAGAAGAAGUCCAGGUUUGCUUCCAGUCUGCUCAAAAAUGUCAUCUCCAAGAAGAUGCAGCGGGAACAUGAGUUCAAGAUGGAGAGGGGAGAAGUCACAGACACAUCCCACCAUAACCUCUGCAGCACCUCCAAGGAGACCGAGGGUCCGGCCCGAGCGGAGAAGCAGCGCGAGAGGGGUCUGCAGAGGCAGACUUCUCGCCACUCAGAGGCCGGCUCCGAGUACACGGUGGUCAGCGUGUCCGACGCCGCCGCGGAGGGCUCUGCGGCCGAGUCGAAGUCGCCGAUUUUCAAAGCCAGUGCUCCUCGGGAGAGCAAUGCAGUCUCGGGCCGACACUUCUCGGACGGACACACCGAAGAAGUCUGUGAAAUUAAAAAGAGCGCAUCAGAGACCGUCAAAGGCAUCUUCCUCCGUAGUCAGAACAGUGCCUUCCGCUCCUGGAAGGAGAAGGAGGCCGAGAAGCGGGAAGAAAAGGCCCCCAUUGGAAAGCUGAAGCUUCCCAAAGGGGGAGACUGGAGGGCUGAUCUUGGAGAGAUCUCUGCCAGCAAGUCCACCAUCAUGUCGCGCCUCUUUGUCCCCAACAUCCAGCAGACCCCCAAGGACAAGCAGCCGGGGAAGCAGGCUACCAAGUACCCUGCUGCCCAAGCCACCUCCACGGCAGUGAUCCGGCCCAAGGCUCCCGAAAUCAAGAUCCGGCUGGGGAGUGUGCAACAGCCAAGCUCGGACUUCAACAUUGCCAAAUUGCUCACGCCCAAAUUGGCCAGUGGCAGCGCCUCUAACCUCUUCAAGACCGUUGAGGACAACAGCAGGGCGCAGCAGAAGCUCUUCCGGGGAGACAACCUGGACAAAGUGCCCCAGUUCCAGGUGAGAGACGUCAGAGACAAGUCCAAGGCCCAAGGUCCCCUCCACCAGGUGAGAGAUGUCAGGAAACUAAUCAAAGGGUCAGGGGACAGCAGUGACAAGGGCAGCGUUACCCCAGAGCAGGGGCUGACCGGGCCCAAACCCAGGCAGCUGGCCACUGCAGGGGGCGGAUCCAGAUCCCUUUCCCCCAUAGUGAUUACGUGCCAGGCGGUGGUGAACCAGAGGGAAGAUAGCAUGGACCGGGAGCCGAGAGAGAACAUAGGCAAAGGUGGCAGCGGCGGGUUCUUGAAUUCGUCCUCACCAGAAGGGACAGUCUUGGUUCAUAGGGCAUCUGGCAGGCUGCCUGUGGCCACCAUUGCCCCCAAUAAGCCUGAGCAGGGCUCCUACCUGCCGGUGCUCAAGAUCGUCUCCAAGGCUUCUGCUCAGAAGACCCCAGAGAAGGCCAAGGAGGAGGAGGUCAAGGAGGAAGGGAAAGGCCCAAAGCCGUCUCGGAAUGCCCUGGAGAAGCUGACGGCCGCCGUGAGGUCCAUGGAAGAGCUGUACAGCUUCAAUAGGAACGAGUGGAAGCGCAAAAGUGACCCUUUGCCCAUGAUGAUGGAUAGCCAUGUCCUGUCGCUCAUUGCCAGUGAGGAGAGGGAAGGGGCUGCGAGCGCUGAGGGGGACCCGGACAAGCUGGCCAAACGACUGAGUGAGCUGGAGGAGCGGGGCACCGGCAACAAAGGCGGCGUGGUGCUACGUGGGGGCCCCGUGGAGCGUCUGCAGCGGCGAAACUCAAACCCCAGCGCCGAGAGUGUGUCCGCCAGGGCAGCCGCCUUUGAGAACCUGGCCAGGGAGAGGCCACGAUCCCUCUAUAUUCCCCCAGUCCACAAGGACGUGGAGAGAACCCAGCCCCUGCAGCCCCUCCCACCACUCCCCAGCAACCGAAACGUGUUCACGGUGAGUGCCAGCAGCACCCAGAAAACAGGGGGUGUCGCUGGCAAGUUCCCCCAAGGGCCUUCUCCAGAGAGUCCUUCCGCGGCAAAGGGCAUCAAAUCCCAGGGACUCCGGUCCCUCAGGAUCUCUCCGGCCACACGGGCACCUCCUGAUGAGGUGACCAAUAGGAAAAAUGGCAGCAAUUUGGAAAAGAACAAUAGUGACUGUGAGAAUUACCUGUCCAUCCCCCUUAAAGGAAGCUCUACAACCGGAGAGCUUCCAGGCAGACCGGGGGCUGGGAGGGAGGGCCCCCCAGCCUCCUCAGCAGCCACUCUCUGCAGCUUGCCCCCCCUGAGCGCCCGCAGCCAGGUCCCUAGUAGUCCCAAAGGCUCUCAGGUCAGUGGAACCAGCUGGCCAGCUUGGCGUACCAAACCCGAGAACCCCAGGGGGACAGUGGCUGCCCCCACAGGGCCACAGAGCCCUAAGCAUCUCCCCACUGCCGUCUACCACCAGCAGCCACUGCCCUUCACUCUGCAGGGAGCCCAGGCCCAGGUCCUCUGCUUCUCCCCACCCAGCAUGCCUGCCCCAGCACCUGCAGGCCCAGCUUCAGUCCGCGCAGACCCCUUCCAGCAGCCACAGCCCCAGCAGACCCAGCGCAAGAUGCUCCUGGAUGUGACGACCGGCCAGUACUAUCUGGUGGACACACCAGUACAGCCCAUGACCCGAAGACUGUUUGACCCUGAGACGGGGCAGUAUGUGGAUGUGCCCAUGACCUCCCAGCAGCAGGCUGUGGCUCCCAUGUCCCUCCCUGUGCCUCCCUUGGCCCUGAGUCCUGGGGCCUAUGGACCCGCCUACAUGAUCUACCCUGGGUUUUUGCCCACGGUGCUACCCACCAGUGCCCUGCAGCCCACGCCAAUUGCUCACACUCCAGCAGGUAGCGAGCUCUCCUCCAUGGCGACAGAGCCCCCCAGCAAAGCGGCAGCUGCGACAUUCACCGAGGCCCCGUACUUCAUGGCCUCUGGUCAGUCUUCUGCUUCCUCUUCCUCCUCGGCCCCAGCAGCCACAUCCCAGCUGGUCGGGGCCAAAGGCUUCGCCCAGCUGCAGGGCAAGCCUGUCAUCAGCAUCACUUCGCAACCCCUGGGGCCGAGGAUCAUUGCUCCCCCUUCCUUUGAUGGCACCACCAUGAGCUUUGUGGUGGAACACAGAUGAGGAGCGGUCACCAGAAAGCAGAACGGAGCAGCUGCUGGAGCAAGACAGAAGAUGGACUAUUCUGUAAUCUGAAGUUUGCGUUGUAACAGCACGAAGAAUUCAGCUGAAAAACUUCCUCUACUUGUGUUAUUCUUAGUUUUUGCUUCUUAUAAACCAAGUGUGUAAGUUUCUAUAUUUUCCUGAACAGCCCUGUUAAGACAGUUUGUGUUAUUUUAGUGUUACUAAGCUGAGUGAAUGGUUGCAGUUUUCCCCUGUGAAACGAUUUCUUUUUAUACUUUAAUACAGAAGAUAAGCUUUCUCUUCAUCUUUCCCUCCUGUACUUGUGACUAGGCCAACCAUCCCUUAAGCGUUCUCAUAGUUCAAUCCAAACAUACGACACAAUGAGGUUGGUUCUGUCGGAAAGGCUGCCGGCGGAUCAAUGAUUUGGAUCACGGAUCUCCGUAGAGGUUCUCGAAUUAGCUGACAGAGUCGGAACACAGGUCCGAUCUUAAAUACAGUGGGUCUGCGUUUUGAAUCAUGUACCGGCCGAGCCUAGUCAUUCCCUUGCUUAUGUUCCACAUGUUCUUUUAUUGGGCUCAGCAUGAUUUCCGAAGUGAUUGUGAAAGCUAGUGGUUGUAAGUCUUGGGCUUUGUUUUAAUUUUCCCAUUUGUACAACGCCACGACGCUAUCUGUUGCCUUAAAGUAGAAUGGCUUGAAAUACCGAAGAGCCAGUGAUUGCGUUGAAAAUUAAGUUCUUAGUCUCAGAAAGGUAUAGAAUACCUCUUUGCCUCUAGGAGUCCAACCUUUGUUGUGAGUGGAUAGCCUGUUUGUCUUCUUCAGUGAGUCCCUCCCUCUGGAGUUGCUUGCCCCUCUCUCACGGAUUGUUUGGAGUCUGAGGAGCCACCUGUUUGGGGCGGUAGAGUGAAAUGUAGACUGAUUCAGCGGCUCUGAUGCUCUCCAGCCCCAGCCCUACCGAAAGCAACAACCUAGGAUUGCAUCACUUGCUCCUUAUGGGCUUACGAGGUGUCGAGGUGUCGAGAAUCCAAAUCACAGAAUCUUUCGGCGACUUUCAAUACUGCCUCAGUUGUAACUCGAUUCUGAAGGUUAUUUUAGUGAGUGUUCACAGUGAGUCUUGAAGAGUUGUUUGAACAGAUAAAUAUUUAGAUUGUCAUCAUUAAUAAGUGUGUCAACAUAUAUUCGAAAAAUGAUACGUUGAAAUAUUUCUUACUUUUAAAGAGAAUAACUUGAAGGUUCUCUCAGACUUUCUUUAAGGAAUCUCCUCUUAUCUAUUUAUUUAUUCGAAGACAAGGCAUCCAGGUGAAUUUCUUUUAGAUCCUUUUGAUUUUAAUGAUCAUCAGUCUUUGGUUUCUGCUUAAAAUUUUUUCUCGAAGCCACAGCAUUUUAUGCUACUCACAACUCAGAUGUGAGUAAAAACCCGAGACUGAUUUUUGUAUGAUUUACAUAAUCUCAUUACUUUGUAGUUAGGCUUCCCAUAUCAGACUCCUUUAGGAAAAAUAACUUGAUUUCACUUUUAGGGCCUUCCUUAAAGGGAUCUUGCUCUAAAAAGAAAUGCUGUUGGGUAGAAGAAAAGGUUUAAGGCAGGAGUAGUCAGCUCUGGUCACAAUUCAAUCAAUGCACUGAUGAGCGAUGAAAUGAAGCAUGAAAUAUAAAACAGCCUCUGUGCAUAGACAAGAUGCCUUUGUCCUGUAUUGGGGAAAGCCUUGUCCUUGGCCAUGGAGGUCCUCUCACCCAGGCACAGCAGCAGCUUUGCCCCAGAACUGACUUAAUUUUUCACCACUGGAGAGCUUCUCUGACAGCAUCAGCCAUUCCUUAUUUUCUGCAGAGAUUGGCUGGGUAUGAGGUCACUUAAUAUUCAAAGAAGAACGUGCAAUCAAUUUCAGAGCUCUCCAACCUGUAAUAUUCAAUGCAGCACCAUGAAUUCUCAAGUGUUUGAACACAUCUGGCAAAGCUGAUCUAGGAUCUGGGGGGAGAUCGUACCAGAAUUGACAAGACUGUUUUAAAACCGUGGGUGACUUUUAGGAAAAGGCUAACAUGAUCCUACCGGGUGAGUAUCGUCGGUGACCGUAUGGAGUAACCGACUGCUUGCCAGGUCUUCAGAAAGAGAGACAUUCUUUCCCCGGCAAAUGUGGUAGAGUGCUCACCUACCAAGGGCCUGGGACCCCAUAAGCUAUUUCUCAUUAUUUAUCACCAGCAGACCUGAGCCUUAAAUUCCAGGUAAACUAGUACAGAAACUAGGAAAGAAAAGAGAACUUUUCACUUGUCAGCUCUAUCAGAGAGGCCACAUCCUCUAAGAAGCUGUCAAGGAUGUAGUAAAUGUCCACGUGGUUAACACUGUAACUCUAAAAAUAAUAUUCUAUGAAUGCCACGUUGUUGAUUGAUAAUUUUAUGGUUCUCUAUUUCAUCCAACCCAACACCAGACCAACGCUGCUGGCCAUUUUACUACCUCAGGUGAUAGCGAGGAACAUUUUUAAAGACAUGAGGUAAAUCCAAAUCCUUAUUUUCAGUGCUUUUUUUUUUAAAGAUUUUAUUUAUUUAUUAGAGAGAGAGAGAGCCAAAGC